AGGAACAACAACAACACCUAUACAAAGAACAUCUGUUGAAUCCACAACAGCGACGAGUAUGACAACAAAAGCAACCACAGUCGUUACAUCGGGACCAACAACAUCCUCUACCACAGUUUCACCUACUGAAACAAUAGUUCAAAAAUCCACCACGGUUACAUCAACACCAUCUGGGACUGUCACUACCACUAAAGGAACAACAACAACACCUAUACAAACAACAUCUGUUGAAUCCACAACAGCGACGAGUACGACAACAAAAGCAACCACAGUUGUUACAUCGGGACCAACAACAUCCUCUACCACAGUUUCACCUACUGAAACAACAGUUCAAAAAUCCACCACGGUUACAUCAACACCAUCUGUGAGUACUGAAAUUACAUCUGGGACUGUCACUACCACUAAAGGAACAACAACAACACCUAUACAAACAACAUCUGUGGAGUCCACAACAGCGACGAGUAUGACAACAAAACCAACCACAUCGGGACCAACAACAUCCUCUACCACAGUUUCACCUACUGAAACGAUAGUUCAAAAAUCCACCACGGUUACAUCAACACCAUCUGUGAGUACUGAAAUUACAUCUGGGACUGUCACUACCACUAAAGGAACAACAACAACACCUAUACAAACGACAUCUGUUGAAUCCACAACAGCCACGAUUAUGACAACAAAACCAACCACAGUCGUUACAUCAGGAUCAAUAACACCUCCCGAAUGCACUGAAAGCCCGUGUCCUCCUCCUCCCACUUGCUUGCCGGGUUUCCAACUGAUUAUCAAUUAUGGUGUCAUUAUCAAUGACACCUGUUGCCCAACGUACGAGUUUGCUCCUAAAGGUGUAUGUGUCUAUGACAUGACUGAAUACAAGCCUGGUACCAAGAUCCCGACGCCAGACACACUAUCAGAACCCCCUUUAGAAGCACCAGAAGCACAAUCAAUGGGAGAACAAGCGUCAGUAACAACAACAACAACACCAUCAGGAGUUGGAGAAACAUCAACAAUGUCAGAGUCGCUAGCGCCCGGGCCCUGCCGGGAAUGUCACUGUGGCACACAAGUGGAUCCUGUCACCAAGCUGAACAUCAUUACCUGCAAACCUGUCGUCUGCAACAAAAACUGUUCUGCUGGUUAUGAAUAUCAGACUGAGUCAGGCAAGUGCUGUGGUAAAUGUGUUCAGACGGCCUGUAUUUUCACCACAACUGAUGAUGUGACAGUGCAUGUUAUUCAGGUCAACAGCUCUUACAUACCCCGUAAUAACAAAUGUGUGCAAUAUACCUGUGAGAAGCUCAAUGGACUGCCUGUUACCAAGGAAACCAAGACUACUUGUCCUCCCUUUAACCCUUUGGACUGUGAACCUGGCACUGAAACAACAGACGCCAAUGGGUGCUGCAAAACCUGCAAGAUAAGUCUGUGUAAGACCCAGAAGGAGCAGAGAAUCAUUGAAGUGAACAACUGCAAGAGUGCACAGCCAGUUAAUAUCACAUAUUGCGCUGGACACUGUGAAAGUUUGUCCAUGUAUUCUAUGGCAGCCAACAAAAUGGUACAUGAAUGCGGGUGCUGCCAAGAAGCCACCACCAGUUUGGAGCAGGUGGAGCUUACCUGUGAUGAUGAGUCUAAGCUGCAGCACAGCUACACCAUGGUACAGUCAUGCCACUGCAUCAAAACAGAAUGCGUGGCAGGGACAACGUCCAACCCACAGCACCGCAGGAGACGCUGAUCAUCAGUAACUUGAAUGCUUUACAAUGGCUAAGACCACCUUUGACACUCCUUGCACCACGUUUUCUUAUCUCUGGUUAAACAAAUACUCCUUUUCUGUAUCACAACCUACCACUGUGAUGUAAACUGUCUUUUCUUGGUGAUAAACAUUAAAGUCUUUCUGCAACAUCAA